AUACAAAAAACUCUAUUUAUGGCCUUGUAUUCUUGUUACUUCUUUUUUUCAAUCUUUCAGUUGUGAUGGAGAAUUAUUCUGGAGUUGUUAAGGAUGAUCAUCAGGAUCAGAUGGAGCUGCCACCUGGAUUUCGAUUUCAUCCAACUGAUGAAGAAUUGAUUACUCAUUAUUUGUCUAACAAAGUUGUGGAUACCAAUUUCAUUGCUAUAGCUAUUGGUGAUGUUGAUUUGAACAAAAUUGAACCUUGGGACCUCCCACGGAAGGCGAAAAUGGGGGAAAAAGAAUGGUAUUUUUUCUGUGUGAGAGACAAGAAGUAUCCAACAGGACUGAGGACAAACAGGGCAACUGCUGCAGGUUAUUGGAAAGCUACUGGAAAAGACAGAGAGAUUUUCAGAGGAAAAUCUUUGAUUGGUAUGAAGAAAACUCUGGUUUUCUACAAAGGGAGAGCUCCAAAAGGUGAAAAGACAAAUUGGGUCAUUCAUGAAUAUAGAUUAGAAGGAAAAUUGUCUCUUCACAAUCUGCCAAAGACAGCAAAGAAUGAAUGGGUGAUUUGCAGAGUGUUUCAAAAGAGCAGUGGCGGAAAGAAAAUCCACAUUUCAGGGCUUGUGAAAUUGAAUUGUAAUGAAAAUGAAAUGGGGAAUUCAUUUCUGCCACAAUUAACAGAUUUUGGUACUGCUUCCAAAUCCAGCCACGUGCACUGCUUCUCCAAUUUUUUCACUGCUCAAAACAAUUCUCCUUUCCCUCUUCUGUCAAAUCCAAUGGAUAUUUUCCCUACAAGUUCUCUUCCAAAUACAUUUUCUUGUAACCAAAUAGCCCCAUUCAAUACAAAUCCAGCUUCAUUUGGGGUUCAAGAUCCUUCAAUUCUUUUAAGGACUUCACUUGACAAUUAUGGUCAGAAUUUCAAGAAAGAGGACAUUUUUAGUGUACCCCAAGAAACAGGGGUAAUUAGCACUGAUAUGAAUACUGAAAUUUCCUCAAUUGUCUCAAAUCUUGAAAUGAAAAGGAGGUUUCUUGAAGAUCAGGUGCCAUCAGCUGCUAUGGUUGGACUACAGGGUCUUGAUUGUCUCUGGAGUUGCUGAAAUUCUUUAAAACAAAAUGCCAAAUAAGCCAAAAACAGAAAAAAAGAGCAGAGAAGAGGUAGAACUUUAGUUAUUCUGGUGUGGAAUGAAUUGUAUGUGCAUGGAUUUCUGAUUCCUUAAGCUGCAUUGAAGACAGUAAAGCGUAUCACAUCAGGGUUGUUGCACUGAUGCCGUAAAAAUUCAUUUAUACUGUGAGCGAAUAUAAGUUAAAUCCAUCAUCGCACAAAUACUAUUACUAUGUUAAUGUUUUGUUUUGUUGCUUUUUUGUUUACAAGUUGCUUCUCAUGGGCAACUUAUUAGAUGGUGAUAUUGAAGUAAUAUAAAUUAAGUAGUGAAUGAUGUAUGCA